AAUCCGGCUCCAAAGGAAUGGCAAGGCGAGACGCUAUCUCAGCUGUCUUCUAUGACAAUCGUCGUCCCCGGACACCGCUGCGUCCGAGCGACAUCUGCACAUUCGCAUGAUUCUUACCAAGCACUUCCUCAAGCAUCUCGAUGAGCCUGUCGGUCACUUCGUCGCCAAAGCCGAUACUCUCCAUCCGCGCGGCCAGCCCCCGGUGGGAUGGGCCCAGCCCAGCAAAUCCCCGGCAGCUGUCCGCCAGGGGCAUAAUGAUGUUGCUGAGCACCAUACCCGAGGCCCUUGCGAGCUCCCAGUCCUGCAGAUUGAUCGACCCUUCCACGACUUCGAGUAACUUCUGCAAGCCACCGUUCUCGAUCAAGAUCCGGGAGUGGAUGGGCGAGCUUACGAGGUUGACCAAGGUGCCGCAUGUCGACACUAACACGCAUCGAUCGGUGUGGUCCAGCAGGAUGGUCAAGGUCUCGGUGCCUUUCUUCUGGUACAGGACCUGGCGCGGUGUUGGAUCAUGGCUCAGAUUCGAAAGGAUGCGGGCACUUGCCGCGACGAUUUCUGUGUUGGAUGCCAGCAGGAACGAGGCGAUCACUGGUGGGGCACAUGGGCAAGCAACAUGGAUGGUACUUGGUCAGUCGACAGUCGUUAUGGAAUCAGGACUCGGCACAAAGGCAGGACAAACAGAUAGUGUCUGUUGACUGGUGCUUUUGCACCCAGGCCUUACGCUCGGUUUGCUGUGCGGCCCGGCCAAAGAUCAAGUUGUCGCUGCUCCUGUAGAAAGUGAAGUUGGCGAGCGCCCCAAGGACAUUGAGAACCA